UUGCCGGGUGUGUAUGGUAACUGCAGCAUGGCCAACCAGCAGAAGAAAAACACGUUGCGAGUAAAUCUAUUUAAGAAGCCACGCAUGAAAAGAGAUUAUCGUCAGUAUGAAAUGGAUGCCUUGACGAAUGCUUACUUUCGAGUAACUGAAGAAAACAUGCCUGUCAAAGAAGCCGCAAGGCUUUUUAAUGUGCCGGGAACCACUCUACGACAAAGGGUCAUUGGUGCUGUAGAUCUUGAAACUGCAAGGUCAGGACCAAGUCCAUUACUUCCGGCAGAAGAAGAACAGAGGCUUGUAGAUUACGUAACAACAUUAGCUAGUGUGGGUUACUGUUAUAAUCGCCAAAGACUGUGCAAUCUGGCAACAGAUUUGGCUGUAGAACUUGGUCUCCGUGAUAAAGAACAUCACCUUUCCUACCAGUGGUAUAGGAACUUCAUUGCACGUUGGCCAACUUUAGCAGUGAAAAAACCAGGAACGCCUGCUAUAGCAAGAGCUAAAGGAACAUCACAGAAGAACAUAGAUUUUUAUUUUGAGGAGUUAAAGAAAAUUCUUACUCUGACCAAUCUAAAGGAUAAACCACAACAUAUAUACAUAAUGGAAGAGAAGGGUAUUGUGGAUCACCAAUCUCCCUCCAAAACAGACAAGAAAACAAAGUCUGGUGCAGUCACUAGUGGUACAUCACAUACAGUCACUGUUCUUGGUGCUGGUAAUGCUCUUGGAACAGUAAUUCCACCAUAUUUCGUAUUUCCAGGGAAACAUAUGAGAUCAGGAUGGCUGGAAGGUGCAACACCGGGGGUGAGUGGCACAGUGAGUAAGACAGGGUUAAGUAAUGAUGAGGUUAUCAGACAGUACCUUGAGACACACUUCAUAAAAUCUAUACAGAGACCAGAUACUUCUGAGCCACUCCUUCUGUUAUAUGAUGGGCAUCGUUCAGAUAUAAAUUUGGGAAUCAUAAAGUGGGCAAAGGAACAGAAUAUUAUCUUAUUCUUCCUACCUUCUUUCAUCAGUCACAAGCUGAAACCACAUAACCAAGGAUGCUUUGGACCUUUCCAAAAAGUUUAUGACAAUCUGAGUGAAAAGUUAAUGAAAAAAAAAUCAAAUUCGUCAAUCCCAAAACAUUCCACUUGUGAAUUGGGAUGCAAAGCUUACAGUAAAAGUAUGUCUGCAGCCAAUCUUCGUUCCUUAUUCCUGAAAUGUGGCAUAUACCCAUUCAAUCCUGCUGCUGUUGACAUAACAUCUUUUAUUCCUGCUACAUCUGACUGUGAUCCUGCUGAAACUAGUUCUGAUCAAGAAGAAGACACAACUUCAACCCAUCAAACUGAAGCUGUUGAAUAUCAAGCUGGUGGUAAGAAAGCAAAGAUUAUCACAGAGGAAAAUGUUGUACAAGGGAUGAAGGAUCACUUGGAUGAUAUGUCGUCAUAGAAGAGUAAGAAAAACAAAGGGAAACCCAAGAAGCAAAGGAAAAAAACUCAUCAAAACUGAAGUCAUCUCCAGAGAAAAUAUUUAUGUCCGAAACAGUGAUUUUAAUGAUUCUUAAUUUAUUUGUUAAAGGGAGGUGAUCCUGUUGACUCGUGUUGUGUAUGACCAUAUAGAUGGAAAGAAGAUUAAAAUAAACUGGUUUUUGGACUUUGUGCCUGAAUUGGGGAGAAUGUACAUUUGAAAUGUGUACAUGUAUUUUAUAUGUGGAUCCACUUCUAUAAUAUUCUAGUAUCAGUACCGGUAUGACUGUAUGCGUGAAAAGAAAGAAAAAAAAUGUUUAUCAGAAUUUUCUGACAAAUCAAAAGAAACAAAUUUAUAAUAAAGUUCUG